AUGCCUGGCCAUCAUAUGAGUGAGCCUGAGGAACACCGUCAGGAACCAAGGGAGUCGCCUGACCUGCUGGUGGAGGAGUUCUUAUGGGUUUUGCAGAUGGUGGAGGAACAGGAACAUGAGGCGGAGGAGGCUUUGUCUCUCUACUCCUCUCUGUCUUCCUCCCCCUCAGUCCUGUUUAUUGAAAGCCUAGAGCAGGUAUCUGCUGUUGAGACACCAAGUUCUCCUCAGAGUCCUCAGGUUGCCUGCCCCUCCCCUCAGGCCCUGGCAGCCUUGCCAUGGAGCCAUUCUGAAGAUGAGAGCUCCAGCAGCCACGAGGAGGAUCCAAACACUGAGGGAGGCCCUGAAGAUUAUGCAGAUAUUUUGCUCCAAAAAGCACUGCAUUCAAAGAUGAUGAAAGUGGUGGAGUUCCUGCUCCUAAAGUAUCGCGAAAAGGAGCCAACCACCAGGGCAGAAAUUCUGAGUAGUGUCAUCAAAGAGCACCAUGACCACUUCCCUGAGAUCUUCAGAGCAGCCACUGAGUGCAUGAAGCUGGUAUUUGGUGUAGUUGUGAAGGAAGUGGGCCCCAGUGCCCACACCUAUGUAAUGGUCACCGCUUUGGGGCUCUCCUAUGAUGGCAUGGUGAGCAAUGGGAACAAAUAUCCCAACACCGGUCUCCUGGUCACGCUUCUGUGGGUGAUUGCUGCAGAGGGUGAUUGUGCCCCUGAGGAGAAAGUCUGGGAAGCACUGAAUGUUUUAGGGGUCCAUGAUGGUAAGAAGCAUUGGAUCUAUGGGGAGCCCAGGGAGCUCAUCACUAAAAUUUGGGUGCAGGAGCAAUACGUGGUAUACCGCCAGGUGCCCAAUAGCGAUCCUGCAUGCUAUGAGUUCCUAUGGGGUCCCAGGGCCCAUGCUGAGACCACCAUAUCGAAAGCUCUCAAGUUUGUGCUCAGGGUCAAUGAUAGGGAUCCCCGCUCCUUCCCAUUCCUGUCUGAAGGGCCUGAGUGUAAUGAGAACCACUUUGCCUGAGCCAGAGUUGCACCCAGGCACUUUUUGGACCCAUGUUCGUUAACUUCAUUUGAUGGGCAUAAAGUGCAUUCCAUUUUCAACUCUGCGUUUGAGGAGAAAGCACUAGUGAGGCUCAGGGAAUGGUUUGAGCUCCUAUGAUUGUUGAGAAAUGUUUGCUUUAUUACUUUGUGAAUUUUUAAGGAUAUUUUCUAAUGUUAUUCCUUUUCAUAGAAGUUUUCAUAAGCUUUUAGCAUGUAAGUUUGUAAAUGACAUUGGUCACAUGUAUAUUUGUACAUGUCCAGUUCAAGAGUAAGAGAUUUGCUACUGUGUAAUGCAAGUUGGGACACUUCCAAUCCUCCUUUGUGAUCCCAAACUAGAUAACAUGGCAUGAUAAAAGGAUUUCAUUGGAAAUGUGAAAAAACUUGGCAGUACAAUCAAUGGAGUUAAGCAUUAGAAAAAUAAAAGGAAAAUAUGGUUCAUUUUUGCUUCUUUGCUUGUCUAUCUUUUCAUGAAACAACUUAUCUAAGGAUCCUUGGUUCUGGCAAGAAAGUGGUGGAAGGACUUCAUCUGAAUAAAGUGAACCCCUGCUCAGUGGUUCCUUUAAUCCCCAGAUAUUCACUGAGCCUAUGUCCUCUGGAAGGCCCUGUGUUAGUAGUGGGGACACCAACAUAAGCAGGGCACACCCACACACAGGAUGAUGAUGUAGAAGCUGAAGUCAUAUCAGGAAGGGGUUAGGGGUCCCCUAAGUCCUACAGAACAAGUAACAUCAGGUGAGGCGGUGGGCCUCCAGGG